UGGUCCCGGAGGCCCAACCUCCCCCCCCCCCCUUUAAUACAGCAUGGCAGUGGGAUUAAAAGAGAAAGUACCCCAGGGGGGUACCAAAACCCCUGGUUUUGGAGAAUCCCCCUCCGCGCGCUUACGCCUGAACUCUCGCUUGGAGUCUGGGGGUAUGCGCGCGGGCCGCCCUGCGUAUUCUGGGGGGGGCAACAUUCCGCUCGCUCGCUGUAGAGGCCGGGGCAAACGAGGCCAGGCACUUCCACCCCCUGCCACCCACGCAGUGGACCUCUGCAAUAUCAGGGGACUCCAUUCCAACUUGGAGGCCGUUCAUUACCAUCUCCGGACGGCCAAGCCGGCCUUGCUUUUUCUUACCGAGACACAGAUAUCCUCUCCGGCGGACACAUCGUACUUAUCCUGCCCCGGAUACAAACUGGAACACUCCUUUUUGCCCCGGGCUGGGGUUUGCGUGUACGUCAGAGAGGAUGUCUGUUCUCGUCGCCUCAGCCUUCUUGAAGGUAGGGACCUAUCUCUUUUGUGGCUGCGCGUAGAUGGCGAUGUCCAUCCGCGGGUCUACGCGUGCCUUUAUAGGUCCCAUAGCGGUAAUGCCGAAACAGACCGACUCAUGGAGCAAGUCCAAACGGCUACAGAUUCCGUUCUGGCACAGAUCCCCUCCGCUGAAAUCGUGGUACUUGGCGACUUCAACGCCCACCAUGCCGAUUGGCUUGGCUCUCGUACCACCGACCAUGCGGGGAGAUCUGUCCACGACUUUGCCUUGUCUUAUGAUCUGACGCAGCUGGUCGCCGCGCCCACGCGAAUUUCUGAUGUGGCAGAUCAUACGCCUUCCCUGUUGGACCUUCUGCUGACCUCUCAUCCGGACAGCUAUCAGGUUUCUGUCGACGCCCCCUUGGGCUCGUCGGACCACUGCCUGAUCCGGACCUCAGUGCCUAUCUCGGUUUGCCCACGGUUUAAACCGAUUGGCUUUCGCCGAGUGUGGCACUACAGGUCAGCAGACUGGGAUGAGAUGCGGUCCUUUUUUGCAUCCUACCCAUGGGAGCGAGUUUGCUUCAGUCUGGAUGAUCCCGACGCUGUUGCCGACUCUGUCGCCGAUGUGGUGCUUCAGGGGAUGGAUCUUUUUAUUCCGUCUUCUGUUGUGCCCAUCGGGGGCAGUUCUCGGCCCUGGUUUGGUAGGUCCUGCAAAUUAGCCGCGCGCUACAAGCAGGAUUGUUAUCGAGCCUGGGCUGAGGCGUCAGCAGCUAGGGAUGUAAAUACCAGCCAGCUUAAAAAGAAGUAUAACUCUGCCUCCAGGUCCUUCAAAAGAGUGAUUGCCAAGGCAAAGUCAGAACACGUGGCCAGCAUUGGUGAGAGGCUAGUGCACCUUCCUUCGGGAACUCGCGCGUUCUGGUCUCUUGCCAAGGCUGUCCAAGGGAACUUCUGUAAGCCGUCCCUACCAUCUUUGCGCAGGGGGGACGACUCGAUGGCCCACACCGCAAAAGAGAAAGCCGAUCUCCUGGGCUCUCUUUUUGCGGCCAACUCGACUCUGGAUGACAAAGGUAACUCGCCGCCGAUAGUCCCACGCGGCGAGACCUCCAUGUCCGAAAGUGACCUGAAGUGUUCCGGUAGUCGUCUAAGCAAACAAGUACUGAGUAAUCUCGGCUGGAUGCGUCGCCUCGUCGAGUGCCAUCAAUAUUUGCCAGAACAGGACACCGUAAAGAUGUUUCCGGUCCACAAACAGUUCGCGCUCGGGUUACGGCUCCCACCUUCGUCAAUAUUUGCACAUGAUGCGAUGCGCCUCACCGACCGCUCCGACCGCCCCGCCUCCCACUGCCGCGCCAAUCCAAGCCUGGACACUUCACUCGACAUCGUAUUUGGAUUACCUUCAUGUGUAUCAGUAUUAAGCAUUGUUGUAGCAUGUAAGCUGCAAAAAGAGCACACACUGCAGCAGAAAGCCGCGGGCGACGAGUUCCACAAAACAUGA